UUGGUGAAACGUGAAUGCGGCAGGGCCGCGCGAGCCAACCGCGACGAAAACACGAUAAACCCUGAGCUGUCUGUCCUGUAUAUAAAAACAACGACGACAACAAUACAACACAGAGCACGCAUGCUAACGAAGGCCUAGACCUAGAGCACACGCAUUUCCCAACUCAUCUCCCACAUCAAAUCCUCUUCACAUCCCUCGCGUAUCUUGCUUGCUUCCUUCCUCGCUUCCAGCUGCAAAUUUUCAGCCUUUCUUUUGCUUGAUUUCAGCAAUAUUUCGAUCGAUCCUCUCGCGCGCGUCAAUCGCCUCCAAAUCAAAUCCCAUCCAUUUUAGUAUCCAUCCAUCUCUUUCAUUCAUCGUCAAGAGCUGCAGCCAGACAACCAACCAGCCAGCCAGACCAUGGCGACGACGGCGGUGUCGUCGUCGUCGACCCCUCCGGCAAGCUCCGGCGGCGGCGGCGGCGUCCGCCGGCGGCGCGUGCUGAUGUUCCCGCUGCCGUUCCAGGGCCACCUGAGCCCGAUGCUGCAGCUGGCCGGGGCGCUGCACGCGCGGGGCGGCCUGGACAUCACCGUCUUCCACGCCGCCUUCAACGCGCCCGACCCGGCGCGCCACCCUCCGGGGUACCGCUUCGUCCCCGUCGGCGAGGCCGUGGCGUGGGCCGACCUCGUCGUGUCCGGCGGGGACGACGACAUCCCCGGCGCGCUGCUGCGGAUCAACGACCGCCUGCGGGACCCGUUCCGGGACCGCCUGCGCCAGGCUCUCGCCCUCGCGGACGACGGCGCCGGCGCGCCGCCGCCGCCGGCGUGCCUGGUGCUGGACUCCAACCUCCGCGGGAUGCAGCUGGUGGCCGAGGAGCUCGGCGUGCCCACGCUCGUGCUGCGCACCGGCGCCGCCGCUUGCCUCGUCGCAUACAUGGCGUUCCCGGCGCUCUGCGACAAGGGCCUUCUACCGCCGACAUCCAAAGAUAAUUCCUGGUUGGACAUGCCAUUAGAUGAUCUUACACCACUACGACUAAGAGACAUGGUCUUCUCAUCGACUACUGCACAUGCUAAUAUGAGAAAAUGCCUGAAAUGUUUAGUGGAUGCAACAAGGAGUUCUUCUGGUGUCAUACUUAACACCUUCCAAGACCUUGAGAAUUCUGAUCUUCAAAAGAUUGCCAAUGGCAUCGGAGUUCCAAUAUAUCCUAUUGGGCCACUUCACAAGAUUUCUUCAGGCACUGAGGACAGCUUGUUAGCACAAGAUUGGGCUUGUUUAGAGUGGUUGGACAAACAAGAGGUGGAUUCUGUUCUUUAUGUGAGCUUUGGGAGCUUGGCAAAUAUAGAUGAAAAGGAACUGUUGGAGAUAGCAUGGGGCUUGGCCAACAGUCAAAUGCCAUUUCUAUGGGUUAUUCGUCAUAACUUGGUCAAAUCCUCUAAUGAUGUGAGCCUUCCUGAUGGCUUUAAGGAGGCGACACAUGGAAGGGGAAUGGUGGUGCCCUGGGUUCCACAACAAGAAGUUUUACGACACCAUGCAAUUGGUGGAUUUUGGACUCAUAAUGGAUGGAACUCAACUCUAGAGAGUAUUUGUGAAGGUGUCCCGAUGAUAUGUAGACCCCAGUUUGCUGACCAGAUGAUAAAUAUGAGGUAUGUCCAAGAAGUGUGGAAGAUAGGGUUUGAGCUAGAUGGUGACUUGGAGAGGGGGAAGAUCGAGAGGGCUGUUAAAAAGUUACUUUGUAUGGAAGAAGGAAGGCAUAUGAGACAAAGAGCCAAGGAUUUAAGGAACAAUGCCAUUAAGUGCAUCAAGGAAGAAGGCAGCUCUAAGUCCGCAAUUGAGCUAUUGCUAAAUCAGAUAAUGUCAUUUUAGUUUAUAUGCGUAUUAUGUACUUUACAUGUAAGAAGUAAUUCCAUGAGAAGGUAGUUAAAUAACAGUGCAUGAGAUGAAAAGUGGAAGAUGGCUCAUGUGAUUCAUUGAGAAUAAACAUUUGUGAAUAAUAUAGUUUAUAAUUUUAUUGGAGAACUCUUUACAUA